AUGUGUGUGUGUGUGUGUGUGCCUCAGCCGCGCUGGAGUUUGAGCGCUGUGAACUUGCAUCCUCCCUGUCGUGUGAGCUUCUCGGCUGAGGUAGCAGCAGCAGUCACUGACGUUUUUAUGCGCUGGCUGGUUCGUGGAGCACUUCGCUUUGAUGAUCGAGCUGACGCGCAUGCUCACGAACCUGCUGUUAUGACGCCGGACACGAUGGCUGGUGGCUUACAGCGUUGUGCUGUUGAUAGCAAGCAGAUCGCAGAAGGCUAUGCAAGACGCAAGCUUUCAAGCUUCUGGAGCCCAGUUUCUGAUAUGCCACGAGGCGAGCAGGCGAGGUACUCGCAGCCGCAGACAAGCCGAAUACAACCCCCGAAAGCAAGAACACAGCGAAGGAUCUCGAAGCUGAGGGUUUCCUCCGCGAUGUGCUUCGUCACUGUGCCGUGCUCUUCCACACAGAUCAGGGAGCUUCGGGACAACUUCUGA